AUGAACGAAGAAAAAAAUGAUGAAAUGAACGAAGAAAGGAAUGAUGAAAUGAACGACGAAGAAAGGACCAAAGGAUCAGACAUACUAGAAAAAAGGAUAAAUUCCAAUUUAUUUAAACUUUUGAUUGAAAGUGAAGUGGAGAAAUGUACAGAAAUUAAACAAGUAAAAUAUGAAAUGAAGGCAAAGAAGAAAAACUCAAUCAAAAAAUUAAAUAAAAAAAAAUGA